AUGUACUAUAAUGUCGAAGUCGUCCAAUUCUGGCAAGGGCAGAAAGAACCCCUACAGCCCUACCCACUUCACUGGGUGAUUUACAUCCCAACCGCUCCCGGUAUCGGGAACACAUACCACAUACUAGGAAACAUGGAUACCUACACCAUAGAUUUCAGACGCAACCAACCAUACCCAAACCCAGAUGCAUGGCGCGGAAGCUUCGCCGUUGGAAAAGUAGCUGCGCAUCAGCUAACAUUGAUGGAGCGACACCUGGCAAGCAUUCCUAUCGCGCGUCACGACCCCAGAUGGAACUGCCAAAGCUGGGUGUGGGAGGGUCUCAGGCAUCUUCGACACCAAGGUUUCAAUAUUAGCUGGGAGAUCAGGCUUUCAGAUCUUCAAACGCAGAUGUACUGCUUGCUGGAGGAUUGGGAAUACGGUCGAAUUUGA